AUGACUGAGCACCCACUUUGGAUUUACUUUUUUAGGCAAAUUCAACCAACCUUUAAACUACCUUGUCGAAAAUCUAUAUCUACAGUUUAUUUGGAUAAAGUGUAUGCUGAAAUGCAGAGUAGUAUUACUCAUGAUCUUCUUGAGGCAAAUGAUUUACAUAUUCAACUGGAUGGAUGGACCAAUAUAAAUAAUGAUGGCAUAAUUAACUUUGUUAUUUGUAAACCAAAACCAUUGUUUGUCAAAUUUCUGAACACCAAAGAUAACCGUCAUACUGCUGAAUAUUUAAAAAACCGAAUUUUUGAAAUAAUUGAAACAUAUGGUAAGGAAAAUUUUUUUGUCAUUAUAGGGGAUAAUGCUGCUAAUGUUAAGAAAUCAUUUGAACUGGUAAAAAAUGUGUAUAAAGGGAUUCAACCACUCGGAUGUGCAGCCUAUGGUUUACAUCUCUUAUGUUCUGAUAUUUUUAAAGUAAAUUCAGUUAGUGAAUUCUUGAAACAAAACUCUAGUAUUGUUCGUUCUAUAAAAAUAUCACAAUUAUUAUCUUCUGUCUUCAAAAAACACCAACAAAUUAAAGGCAUUAAUGUUCAAUUGAAAUUGCCUGUCAAAACCCGUUGGGGGAGCUUUCUAUUUUGUUUGGAAAGUUUGAUGAAAAAUAAAAGUGUUUUACAGGCCUUGGCAGUCGAUAACACUAUUCCAAUUUCAUUAUUAAGACCUAUCAAAUUGACAUUACUUGAUGAUUCUAAAUUUUGA